UUGAGGGUUUUCUUUGCCUUUGCAGGUUUGAAACAAUGCACACUCCAGACUGCCUAAUUGUCACCCCUGCAGCUGGAGUGGUGGAGUCUGCCAAACAGUUGUACAUAUUGGUUAGCUGUAACCCUUCCAUUCGGUCUAAAGGGGUGCAGUUGCCUUGGAGGGGAACCAUUCUGGUGGUGUGUGAUGGACGGCAGAAGGAGGUCAAAGUUCAAAUCCGAGAGGACUUUGGAAUGGACACCUCCAUUGUCCCCUCAAUGCGUAACAUGCAGUCCCUCCCAGAUCAACCUGUCACCCCUGACACCUCAAUGGUGCCAACUCGGACUGAUGGCGCAUCUCCGGUUAAGCUUCUCUCCAAAGUCGUCCGAUUUCCCAGCACCAAAGUUGGAAGCACAUCAGAGGCCACACUAGAGUUUCAGAAUAAGACCUACCAAGCUCGUCAGUGGUGCUUGUCUUCGUUUGCUCCUACCUACGUCAAGCAAGCUAACGGUGAGGUCUACAGGGCGACAUACUCGGCGUUCCGCUUCACACGCCAGUUUGGAAGUCUGGAGCCUGGACAGAAUAUUGCGGUUCAUCUGGAGUUCAUUCCUAGAGAUGAGGGUGCCUAUUCACAGUACUGGGAUCUUGAGAGCAGUGACAAAGGCGCCGUGGCCAAGAGCAGCCACAAGACGCGCAUUGAGCUGAUGGGAGUAGGGGAUGCCGUACGCCCAACGCACAGAUCCAAGAAGACAAAGACCAACGGGACAUCAGAGGGGACGUUGAUUGCAGUCCAACCACAGGUCAUCUCUAAGCACACUACCCCAGCCCACUUGACUGCUGGCGAGAAUACCAGCGAAGGGGAUGUCAGCCCUGAAGAAGUCAAAACUCACGAUGGAAAACUGAACCAAAGUCCAGACUCCAAGUCCGUCCAGGGAGUGGUCCUGAUCCAUGAUCAUCUCAUCUUCAGCAAGACUAAGGUUGGCUGUCGGUCCACGCUCAAGAUUCAGGUGCAGAAUACAUCCAAGCAGACACACGCUGUCAAGUUUCUCAGCCCUCAGCCGCCAUUCUUCAUCCGUCAUUACCAGCACACAAUCCCACCCAAUCGUUUCAUUCGUUUGCCUGUCACCUUCAAGCCCAGCACACCAGGCAAGCAUCAGGCAGCGUUGAUUAUACAGACAGAAGGCCAGCACAAACUGCUGUCCAAGUUGGAAGGAAUUGCAGAGUCAGAUUAAUAGACGUCCAUUUUGUGUGAAUACAGCACAAGUUUCUGGAGUUGCAAGGUUUAUAAGGUCAGUGGAAUUGCUUUGUUCUA